AUGGCCACCUCUCCAUUCUACACCUUCUACGUCUGCGCUCUAUUUGUGUGUAUCUCUAUCUUGAGCUUUUAUAUACACCAGAGUAAUAAAGCAGAGACACCAAGACAGGAGCCUAUAACAGCCUUGGGCAACAGAACAUUCAUCAUUUCCCCUUUCUAUGACCUUAGAAAUGACAAAGAGGUCCGUGUCCUCUCCAUAGUUCACGUGUCCGUGAAGGAACUCUAUUGCUUGUUUCAUUGCCUGCCUAACCAGAUGGUGCUUGUGAGAGGACAGAUAGAUAUCCACGAAGACAGAUUUGAUUUUCCAUAUGGAACGGCCGACAUCCUGUGCAAAGAGCCUUCGAACUGUGAAUAUGAUGACAUAUCCAUCCAGGAAUCUAAUUCUACAAGCGGAGAAGACAUUGUCCUGUUCAGAGUCAGGAAUCAUCCUCCGGAGCCAUAUACAGUCAAGUUCACCGUGUGUAUUUCUGCUGUAUUUGGACAGUACAAUAAUGUCCUCCAGGCAAUCCAGAGCAUUGAGAUGUAUAGACUGCUGGGAGCGUCUAGAGUCACCAUUUAUAAUAACAGCUGUUCCCAGGCCAUGGAUAAAGUCCUACGAUACUACAGUCAACAAGGGUUUGUGGAAGUUGUCCAAUGGCCAAUAGACCGGCAUCUUCUGACAUCUACAGAGUGGCAUUACGCUGAAGGACUUACAAGUCAGAUUGGCUACUAUGGACAGACUGCGGCCCUAAAUGAUUGUUUAUACAGAAACAUGUAUAGGAGUAAGUACGUUCUCCUCAAUGACCUGGAUGAAAUUAUACUUCCCGCCAAACAUUGGAACUGGACAUCAUUGAUGGUAGAAUUAGAGAAGAAGUUCCCAGGCACAAGUGUUUUCUGUGUUGAUAGUCACACCUUUCCCGUAUCUGCCAAUGUAUCUGGAUUUGACCUAUGGACUAAGGUUCCUGGGGUUAACAUCCUUAGUCAUCCAUUUAGAGAGCCCAUCAACAGGAAUGACUUCAAUAAUCCCAAAAUCAUAGUCAACCCCCGGCAAGUUCUUCAGACAUCAAUCCAUUUUGCCUUGAAAUUCAAGGGACAGUCAAGGUACUUAGAUCAGAGCAUGGCUAUAACCUUCCACUGCAGAAAGGGGAAGAGGAAUGACGUCUCCCAGAAAGAUCUGAUCGAAGACCAAAUAUUGAGAAGAUACAACUUGUCUCUGGUUCCUAAUGUCCAGAAAGUCAUUGACCAUGUGUUCUCCAAGAACUAG